UCCGUCGGGUACUCCUGCCAAAUGACUUCUGUUAGUAUUAGUUGAGAAUCCACAAGAGUGUUUUGUUGGAUAUUUUGGAUUGAUGUUCCUGUUUUUCCCGAUAGCUCUCAUCCUUACUUUCAUCGAUCAAGGAGACCACAUGGAAAACAGCGCGUCUUGAUUUUUCCAUUCGGGCAUAACUACAAUUCCUUGCGUCUUUGAUCUUACCGUUACCACAAUUCCUUGCGUUUCGCAAAAGCCCCUACAAUGUGACAUUUUCCCGAUUAGAGAAAUGCCUCGUUUGCUCGCUUCAGGCUCACUCACACAAAGCACAAGUUCAAAAUGCUAGAAACAGCACGACGGCGGGCACAGAAGAGUUUGAUUGACAUAUUUGAAAAACCGAGAUGAAUGUCUCCAUAGAAUGUCAAGUUUAAAUUAAAAUGCCGAUUGUUUCAAAUUAAUAUUCAAAUGUUGAAGAAAGGUUUUAAAUUAAUAAAAGAAUGUUUGACCUGAUUAAUCGAAUGUUUUAAUUUAACUAACUAUUAACGAGUAUUUUUAAAUAGUUUGUUUGGAGCUCAUGAUUAAAUGUUAGCUAAUGUUCUAAUUUUAACGGUCUUACAUGAAUGUUUUGCAGGUUGAAGCUUUAUAAUUAAUGCAGUAAUGCACCAGUGAUGCUCGUUUGUUUGAGUAAAAACUGAUCAACUGAAUGUGGGCGCUACUAGGUUACCGUACAGGCGACUGUAACAACGCCUGUAGAAAACUUUGACGGUUCAAUUUGCAUAGAAUUGCGACAAUGUCUAUGGCGGGAGAUUAACUUUGUUUGAGAGCACUUCUCGACAUUUCACUUGGGUCCGACUACUGUAAGAGCUUUACCUCUGCACAGCCAAAAUUGUCCGCACAUAUCGGAUUGUAAGGGGUUAACCACAAGUGUCAGUAAAGGUAAAGCCGGAUUCCACUGACCUUCUUCACUCUGUUUGAAAUACAAGAUGGUGGCAAGACUGAUCUUCUCGCCUGUUUAUCGGUUUAAUCCUCUCCAACGCGCUUUUUGGUUGUCUGUGCGAUCACGAAGACUCAGACGACUGCUCAAGCUUCUGAUAAUAAUACUCUCUUGUUGUUCAAUCUUCUAUUUGGCUUCUAUUUUAUUAAAAGAGAACAGUGUCUUCUUCACUAGUGAAUCUGGAGAGCAUUUCACCGACGAGGAACAAAAACCCACUUGUGAAGACGGAAGAAACGGUCGACUGACAGUUUCCAUCUGGCGCGAUUUGUGCGGCGGCGAUGUGAAAGUGCUGCGAAGCUCGCCAUUUUAUCCUAGUUAUCCUAGCGAAAAAAAAUUCAUUCGCGAGUUUUCCGAGUUUCAAAUCGAAGACAGCCAAACGGAAUACGGUCAAACGAUAUCUGGUUUCCUAAACCCAGCGAGGAGUGGAUCAUAUCGCUUUGCUAUAGCCUCCGAUGAUUCAUCAGAGUUGUGGCUCAGUCCAAGCGAAAGUCCUGAAGAGAAACAGCUAAUUGCCAGUGUGUUUGUAGAGGGCGCAACAGGCUGGACGACAAAGAACGAGAUAAAUAAAUACCCUAAUCAAAUUUCCAGAGAUAUAAAGCUUCGCGACGGAGGUCGAUACUACAUUGAGGUCAUUCAUAAACAAGGCGAAGGCGACGGAUUUGUGCAAGUUUUUUGGUCAAAUUCUGGUGUCACAGAUUUUAAACUGAUCAGCUCUGAAUACUUAUCGUCGUGUUCCGAUCCCUCAAAACAGGAUGCCAUGAACCAACUACUUGCUAAGCGUCUUGCAAUCUCCCAGACAGCGUGGAAAAAAUACUCGAGCUUUUUCACGCUGCCUUUGAUAAGCGAAGGAAAUUAUCUUCCGCAAUGCAUUUACAAGUCUAGCUUUAUUCUCAAAGACAAAAUAGACAAAGAUAAUGGGCAACCCCUAGUUUAUUUAUCCAACGUGUUUCCACAAGAUGAUACUUUUAUGGGAAGCAAAGGAAGAGUGUGGUCCUGGAGUAACAGAGUCGCUGAUGGAGAAAUAAUACAAUCAGUGGUGGACAAGAUGAUCACUUCCCUUAGCGAAAAAACUGCAAAAGAUUUCUUUUUAAAGAGCACCUACAAAGUUACGCAAAAGUCAGAUCCAGUUUAUGGCGAUCGUUACUCUGUCGACAUAGAAGUUGGUUUAAAUUACACCGACAAAUCAUUUCGCUUAUCAGAACACGUCUUUCAGAAAAAGGGAAGUGGCAAGUUGUGUUUUCCAGAAGGAAUCAACUGGAACAGCAAAGCCAUGGUGUACUUCAUACUUCCUGUCAAGGACCAGGGACGAUGGGUCUAUCAUUUUAUCAAUGAACUCACUGUUGCCAGCUUAUCAACCGGUGAUACGAACUUCCACGUCGUUGUUGCCGACUUUGAAAGUCAGGAUAUUGAUAUGGCCGAAGCUUUUAACACUUCUCUGUUCCGAAGCAGACACACCAUUGUUAACAUGAAGGGUAAAUUUUACAAAACACUUGGGCUAAACGAAGCUGUCGCGCGUGUUCCAAGCGAGCAUGAUAUACUUUUUCUGUAUGAUCUUCAUAUCGAUGUUCCUGUAGAUAUCAUGGACAGCGUCAGAAAGAACACCGUCGAGGGACGAAUUGCCUAUUUCCCUGUGGUUGGUCGUUUAGAUUGUGACAGCUCGUCUGAGGAUCACAGAGGCUUUUGGCAACUUAACGGGUUUGGCUUGCUUAGUAUAUACAAAUCUGACUGGACAAGGCUUGGCGGAAUGAACACCGAGAAAUUCAAAUACACAUGGGGCGGGGAGGACUGGGAUCUACUGGACCGUGUUGUUAACGCCAAGUUGGAAGUGGAACGAAUCAAGUACCCAGGCCUCUAUCAUCAUUAUCACAGUAAACAAAGGAAGUGGAAUUGAAGCCUGGUGUAGCGGUGCCUGGAGUGUUUGGAGCGCGCUGCUGCGCAAAGUUCUUGUACCUGGCCUACUGCCUCACCACAUCAGAAGAUAUUUAAAUUUUCACUUCAUACUAUAACUACUAAUGCCGCUGGACAACAAAAUUGAGAAAUGUUCAUAUGAUGGGAGGGGAGAAGUAUUGUCACCGUGUCGGCUUCCAAACUUUCUUACCAGCAGUUGAUUAAAAGGUAACAUUAAAGAUUGUGAGUGUUGUUUCGUUUUUAAAAAAUCUUUAUCAACUUUAUUUGUUUUUUGCACCCCUAUAAUUCAUAUCUUUGCACCCACGUGUAAUCUCCUCCAUUUGUGAAUUUUAUUAGAUGUAGCUGGUAUCUCAUAAAUAGGGCCGUAUAAUUAAAUAUCUUCGAUACAGUCGAGCCUUCACUAACGGCCACCUCUGGCUCCAAAACGGCCAUCCGUCAACAACGGCCGCUUUUCAGUUUUAUCCCGGUGGACGGUCCAUUCAUUGAGACACAAAACUCAUGAUCCUUACCGCGGGCUAAGCCCGAAACGUUUAGUUUAUCCGCACAUAUUUGACAAUUUUCAGAGCAUUUUAGCCUUA